UUUCAGAAAGAUCGAGAUCUCAGUUUGCGGGUUUCUUCCUGGCAUACUGACUACUUAUCCUGCACUAGAAGACGAGCUACUAGCAGUGGAGUUCGGCCACGUCAGGCACUUCUUUCUGGCCUUUCACACUGGGCUCCCGCUGCGAUGACGAAUCGGGCUCCUGGAUCGGCGUCCGCUUCGGCGAGUACAACGAACUCGCAAGGAGUGCUUAUGGUUGGCCCCAAUUUCAAGGUGGGGAAGAAGAUUGGGUGCGGAAAUUUUGGUGAACUGCGCCUUGGAAAAAAUCUCUACAACAACGAACAUGUAGCUAUCAAACUGGAGCCAAUGAAGAGUAAAGCUCCACAACUUCAUUUGGAAUAUAGAUUUUACAAGCUACUAGGGCAGUCCGAGGGACUUCCUCAAGUUCACUAUUUUGGACCAUGUGGAAAGUAUAACGCAUUGGUCAUGGAAUUACUCGGACACUCUUUAGAGGAUCUGUUCGAUCUCUGCGAUCGCCAUUUUUCGCUCAAAACAGUAGCUAUGGUGGCAAUGCAAUUGAUCCGACGGAUAGAGUACGUACAUACUAAACACCUCAUAUAUCGCGAUGUCAAACCGGAAAACUUCCUAAUAGGACGAUAUUCAACUAGAAAGCAACAUAUUCUUCACAUAAUUGAUUUUGGUCUUGCUAAGGAAUACAUCGACUGUGAUACGGGUAAGCAUAUUCCUUACCGAGAACACAAGUCAUUAACCGGUACGGCGCGGUAUAUGUCAAUCAAUACUCAUCUUGGAAAGGAACAAUCUCGAAGAGACGACUUGGAAGCCCUCGGACAUAUGUUCAUGUACUUUUUGAGAGGCAGCUUGCCAUGGCAAGGCCUGAAGGCCGAUACAUUGAAAGAACGUUAUCAAAAGAUUGGUGAUACAAAAAGGCAAACUGCUGUGGAAGUUCUUUGUGAAGGAUUCCCGGAAGAGUUUGCCCAAUAUCUCCGUUAUGCGCGACGUCUUGAUUUCUUUGAGACGCCCGAUUACGAUUACUGCUAUAAUUUGUUCAAAGCAGUUCUUGAUAGAUUAGGAGCAAGUUAUGACUAUGAGUUUGAUUGGACGCCCAAAUUGAAUAAUGUGUCUACACCUUCUGGAUCAUUACAUACUACAGAAGCUAAGGACAGUAAGAGAGAGCGAGCAGAUGCUCUCAAGCCUAAUCACGCUUCAACUCAUCCAUUUGGGUCGACACAGGUGAUCAACUCGAAUACUGGUGAAGUUGGUGACGAUGUGGCUGCUGGGCGAGGUGGAGAUGUGCAUCGUCAAGAUGACCAAUCAGGCGAGAUGUCGUUCCAUACUCCCGUAAAAGCGCUGAACCCAGUGGAUACAAAAUUGCCUGAUCAUGUUGUCAAGGGGGCAGUAAUAGUUGAUGAACAAAUUGCAAAAUGGAAUUCCAAUGUUGUGCUGGAAGCGAACGGUCCCAUGUCUGCGUUCAUCGUUAUCGACAAGAAGUCUGGUGACGUGAAUGAGGUGAUCAAACAUGUCGUGCAUGAGUUGAAGCUACCUUCUAGCGAGAAAUACGGGCUGAUUUUUGAAGAGCCUAAGGCUUUCUUGACUCCAAAUAAUCUGGAUCGUGUCAGUCAUGGAUUCAUGCUCACUGUUACGGCUGCUCCUGAGCAUUAUGUGGGACGACUUGAAGAUGCCAUAUUGAAUAGGAAUGAUUAUGAAAAUAUCGAAUGGGCACUGGCCACUUUGGAAGCUUUCUCUUCGGAUCCUUACUUCGUCAGUUGCUUUUAUUAUCUUUCAAAUCUACAAUUGUUAUAUGAUCUUCUAACUGAUGAGAGGACAGAAAGCAGCGAAACAUGCCUCAAUCUGUGUCUUCGCUCAAUCUGUUCUAUGCUCGAUCUGAAUGUUCGAGGAAUUGGCUGGAACUCUGCGUCCACACUUUUAGUCACCAAGCUGGCUACUUUAGUCACUGGCAGGGCCAAACGAGAAGAUUCAAAAGUAGUUUCGAUAGCUCUUCAAAUGAUCGAGAAUCUUCUCAAUAGCGACAGCCCCACGAUUCGUCUCUUAGUCCUUGAGGAAGUUCCCGCGCAGACUUUGAUUCGACAUCUGGAAAAGUCAGACGAGAAAGUCGCAUUGGCAGCAUUGUCACUUAUGAACGCACUACAUGAGAAGAGUGAUGCUGCGGCUCGCGAGCAGAUUGUCAAGCACUUUGCAUCCAUGCCAUUCCGCACGGCAGUAAGCGGUAGCGUGCUUCGUGAAGGUCGCACACGAAACUCGGCACUUCUCAAUCAGCUCGUUCCUCUUCAACGUUUGCUGAUUGCCGAAAGCACCAAGUUUCUGGGAGAACCCGCAUCGGAAGACGAUGUGGAUCUACUUCUUGCUCGUGAAGUAGUUCGAUCAUCUGCCAACAAUGAGGAACAACUAGAGGCUUGGAAAGAAGAGCUGCUUCAUUCGAAGCUUGGAAAACUUGCCGUGGAUACGUUUUCUACAUAUGCGGACCAACAUGCUGAAGAUUUGAGGAUUCUCGUUUCUGAGAAUUCGAUGAGAUCCAGUGGAGCGGCAUGGCAGUUGAUUCCUGUAUGGAUGCAUUGUAUCUCCAUCGUGGCAUCAGUUGUUGGAGUGAUCCCGAGUGAAGAGGAAUGCGUAGAAAAGCUGAUUGAGCUACUCUUCCGUUGUGAUUGCUCUUUUGACUCGCUCUUCGCUGUCACAGUUCAGCUUUUCCAUCGCACAUGGCGUGAAAUGCAUGCAUCGCAAGAUGAACACGAAAAGGUCGCAAAUGUGGUCCAUGAACAACUAAGGCGAGCUGCGAAUCAUCGUCCUGCUAGCUUGGCCAAAUUGGAAGAAUUAUUGGAAGCGCUUCCGUAUUGGAAGAUGAAGGAAUUAUGGAAGCGGGAGCUGAUUGAGAAAGAAAAUAAUCAGCUUGGAAGUGAAGUGGUCAGUGAACUGCGGAACCUUUUGAAGCCAUCGAUUGAGCAACUGGUGCGAACAAAUAGAAAAAAUGCUCUGAAGCAGGGAUUCACUUUUCGACGUCAAGUCAAAGGAAAAACCCCACAUAAAGGGGAAGAUCAGUACUGUUUUUGGAAGUUGGAUGCAUCAGAUGUGUUAUGUUUCACGGAUACUGAUUCUGAUCCUUAUGUAGAAGGAGUUUCGCAUGUUGGAAAUGUUCGGAAAGUGGCGGUCAAGGAUAUCGCUUCCGUGGAUCGUAUCGACGAUAUGACCGGACGUAAAAGCGGAGCCCAACCGAUGCGAUGUAUUCGGGUUGUGCUUCACGAUGGAAGUACCAUAAAUGGAGCUACAUUUUCGGAUCGAAUAUUAUCUGCAUGGUUAGACGGGCUUACGGAUCUCAUUGGGAGCUCCUCGCUCAGCCAUGAUGCAAUGGCAACAGCGGAUCGUUUGCUAAACAUAGAGUUGCGUUUACGGCUGGUUGAUGUACCAAAUCCGCAACCAUCUGUGGAAGUUCCACCACUUCCCGACGACUUUUCUUGGGUGAAACCUCUCUUCGCCCAAAAUAUGACAGCAUAACUGGAAGUUUUGUUGUUAUCUUCAUUGCUCAGUGAAUAAGCACCUUCACCUAUCUAUGCAGCAGUUAUGAGCUUAUUGUCCGAAGUAUCUCUGUUGUGCUCUCAAUCGCUGAACGGCAGCAAAACCUAUCACUUUCAUGUCUCUACCAAUAAGUGUAUAAAUAUCGCCAUAAUUUGUUAUCACUGCUUUUCAAUCUUCUGCACUUGGUUGCAAAACGAUUAGAUUGUUUCGAAAUCGACUUACUUCGUUUACUUAUGUUAUGAAUCUUCUUACCAAGUCCAUAAUCUAUGUAACUUUCGCCAUCGUUGUCGCCGAUCAUUCACUCUGAUGGUACACACUGUGUCACUUUGUCAUAUGUGUCAUAUGUGCCUUGAAUUUUCGUUCGCUUGUAUAAUUCUUUCCCAUUUUGUUUUGCUGCUUGCUAUGUAAUGAUUGC